GUACCACCAGAGGGCUCGCAGUACCUGCUCCUCCCGCGGCCGCAGUGAAAGUGCGGUAUAUAUGUGAAGUGAGUGUGUGAGGCGGCAGCAGUGUGGGUGUAAGCGACGAUCAUGGCACCCUGGACACCAUUCUUGACGGUAGCAGUAUUGGUGCUGGUGUUGGAGAUGACAGAGGGGGCGCACCUCCCCCCACCACAAUUCAUCCCCAGUGACCUACUCACCCAGGACCCCUUGGCUGCUUUCCAUCACCGCCUCCGACCUAACUCCCUCCCAGCCCAACCGCCUCACGCCCUCACUGUUUUUCCUACCCACUCCAAACCGAAUGGGCCUAUCCCACAGAAACCAAUUUCGCCCAAUUUUAUCACCCAAGUUAAACCCAAGGAACCAUUCCUAGCCAAUCAUGACAAUCCCUUCCAGCCAAUCCCCAUCCCCAACAAACCCUUCCAGCAUAUCCCCAACAAACCCUUCCAGCCUAUCCCCAACAAACCCUUCCAGCCUAUCCCCAACAAUACCCUUCCAGUGGGAUAA